AAGGGAAAUGUAAUGUACAUCUGACACUGAUUUACUGGUUUGAGAACAGAGUGGUGCACGGCGAGGGUGAGCGAGAGAGAGAGAGAGAGAGAGAGAGAGAGAGAGAGAGAGGACAGGGCAGGAGAAGCAGUAGAUAUAUGUUAUGUAGCAGGGUUGAGGGAGCGAAUCUUGGGUGAAGAAUCCUGUUUAAAAGGUGAGAGGCAGCAGAAGUCAGGAGGGAAGAAAGAGUGUGAGAGUGAGUCAGAGAGAGAGAGAGUGUGAGUCAGAGAGAGAGAGUGAGUCAGAGAGAGAGAGUGAGUUAGAGAGAGAGAGAGUGAGUUAGAGCGAGAGAGCGUGGGUCCUACUGUGCAGACACGUGCGUUGGGAUUGCCACACGAGCCAAGAGAAGCUGGUUUCCACGGUGAAGAGACAACAUGGGCGCAGUGGUGGGAACGCUGACCAUGCAGACCAAGCAGAGAGCGAUGUCCAGAGAUAAGGUCGAUGAUGAGCUGGAGAUGACCAUGGUGUGUCACCGACCAGAAGGGCUGGAGCAGCUAGAAGCCCAGACCAAGUUCACCAAACGAGAGCUGCAGAGAUUGUACCGUGGCUUCAAGAAUGAGUGUCCAAGUGGAGUGGUGAAUGAGGAGACUUUUAAACAGAUAUACGCACAGUUCUUCCCCCAUGGAGAUGCCAGCGCCUAUGCACAUUAUCUGUUCAACGCUUUUGAUUCGACACAAAAUGGCUCUAUCAAGUUUGAGGACUUUGUGACGGCUCUGUCCACCCUGCUGCGGGGCUCAGUCAGAGAGAAGCUGGAGUGGACGUUCAACCUGUACGAUAUCAACAAAGACGGCCACAUCAACAAGGAGGAAAUGACCCACAUUGUCAAAGCCAUCUAUGACAUGAUGGGGAAGUACACCUACCCUGCCCUGAAAGUAGACGUCCCCAGACAACACGUGGAGACCUUCUUCCAGAAAAUGGACAAGAAUAAAGAUGGAGUCGUCACUUUGGAAGAAUUCAUUUUAUCAUGCCAGGAAGAUGAGAACAUCAUGCAGUCCCUCCGGCUGUUUGAGAAUGUAAUGUGAAAAGGGAGAAAUGAAGAGAGAGAUACGAAGAGAUAGAAACAUCGGCGGAGGAGAGCAAACUCAAGGACCCCAACGGAGACAUUUCUGCCCACUCUGUGUACACCUUUUGUAAUCUGGAGUUAUCUUUAUACUGUACAGUAUUUACAAAUGAUUUUGGUAUACUGGUAUACUCUGCUCCUCUUUGCCUUGCUUCUCUAUCCUCGGUGUCUCCAGCAAGCCUGGCCCACACAUACAGUACAUGGGCAGGCUGUAUGACUGGCACUGGAACAUGGAAGGUGAGUGGUCCAGGUGUUCCCAUAAUGAGAUCCACACAGCUGUUGUGCCAUUGAGCAAGGCCCUUAACCCCACAUUGCUCCAGAGGGAAUUGUCCCCUGCCUAGUCUAAUCAACUGUAAGUCACUUUGGAUAAAAGCGUCAGCGAAAUAACAAAUUAUUUUUUACUGUAAGUGGCAGCAGUGUAGUGGCUAGGGACCUGGGCUUGUAAGUUUCGGGUUUGAUUCCCAGGUAGGGCACUGGUGCUGUAUCCUGGAGCAGCAUACUUUAUCUGAUCUAGUUUGGUCCAUACCAUGCCGUAUAGAAGGACACUGAGAUAAUGUACAUUUGUGUACAGCUGUUCUGGGUGGCUGUGCAAUAGGCGCCAUGUCAGUCAUGAAAAGCGUAUUCAAUUGUGAACUACUGUAGACAAAUGCAAAUUGUCCUUGCUUGGUGGGAAUUAGAUAAGUGUGCAUGAAGAUGCAAUACCCAGCCCCAUGAGGAUAAUGGGACUAUUAAUCAUAGGAAUGCAUGUAAAAGAUAGCAUACCCAAAGUGGGCUGUGUUCGCUUUAAUAAUACAAUGUAAUUUAUAAUCAAAUUUACAAAUGGAAAGUGCAGGGAAUGUUGAAAUGCAACCGCGUUUUGAGGAAAUUGCCUGUAAUUGGCCACAUUCACAGGAAGGAGUAAUGGUAAAGCACGUUCACGUCAGUUCUAUAUCACAUGCAGUCAGAUUUAUGUAUCACAGGAGCAUAAGAAACGCCACUAUAAACCAACAUUUUUUGGUCUUUGUUAUUUUUAUGAAUCAAGCAUAAGCACAACUUGGG